CGUUGGAUUCGUGUACAUCAUACAUACCUAUCGUUUCUUGUCGGUUUCUGUAUAGCUACGCCGCUCUCGUUUCUAUCCUCAUCCCCAUUGCUAUUGAGUGCUGCGCGCCAACGACCCAUUGGACCCCUUCAAAGUGUCUCCGGAAGCCUCGCAUCACGAACUACAAGAUAUAUCCGCCAUGGAGCCUUCAGACGACGAAGCAGCUCCUCCCCGCGCUUACCGCGACGAUGCGACCAGCGUGAGUUCCGACGGAACCAUCACAAUCGGGGAGGAUGCGGUGCUCAUAGAUGGAGCCGAAGCCUCCGACGACGAGAACUAUCCGUACCGCCAGCCCUCGCCGAUGCUCAAAUAUAUACCUACACGGGUUCAGCGGACUUCACGGGCGAUAUCAAGAUGGGCAAAGGGGCCCCAGCCGCCGCGGCCGUGGAAAAUACAGCCCUACUUCCCCACUGUACAAUACGCGCCCGUCCAAUUCGUAAAUAACUACUUUCCGAAGCGGAAGCACAAGGUCUUGUUGUUGAUAUUCUUCUACAUGUGCUGGCUGCUGUGUUUUGGGCUGGUCCUACACAGGUCUGCGUUCGCGAGUGAUAUACCGGGGCAUGGCUCUCCCGUGAGGAUUACGUGCACUGAUAGAUUCUGGAAUGAUGGCAACGGCUGUGGAUUGAACGGCAAUCUCUGCCGCCCGUUCGAGAAUAGUACUAUGGCAUUCCGGUGCCCCGCGAAUUGCAAACGAGUCGAAGUAGUCAAUCCUCACGCAGUAGGUGAUCAGGAGGUCAACUAUCGAUCUCUUGUAAUCGGCGGGCCGACAAACAAAGAGAAAGACCUUGAACACACAUUCUAUCGCGGCGACUCGUUCAUAUGCGGCGCCGCAAUACAUGCCGGCUUCAUCAGCAACCAAGAUGGAGGAUGCGGCGUAGUGUCUCUCGUUGGCGAGCAGAGCAAGUUCCCCAGCGUGAAGCAAAACCGUAUCACCAGCAUAGGCUUCGAUUCCUACUUCCCUAAAUCCUUUUCAUUCCUAUCAGGCACUUCAUCAAAGUGUCGUGAUCUCCGUUGGCCCCUCCUCGGCGUCUCUCUCACCUUUACCAUUCUCCUAUCUCUAUUCACAACAUCACCAGCCGUAUUCCUUCCCUCCGUAUACACUGGCAUCUUCUUCCACGUCGCCCUAGCAUCAGACCCGCCAAACCUGACCGACUACUACUCCAUCGUCAGCAUAGCGCUCGGCCGUUUCCUCCCCGCAUCAUUCUGCAUGUUCGUUGUCUACAAAUACUGCGUGCGGCGCCAACAACUCGGGCUGCACGCCCAAUUCGAAAAGACCAUCCUCUGGCUCGGCGGCUGCUGGAUCGGCGCGUUAAACAACUACACCUUUGACCGAAUCCCAAUUCAGCGCCUAACACCGCACGACAUCCAACAACAACCCGGUGCCAUCCCCGCCCUGAUCAUCAUCGUCUUGUCCCUCUUCUUCAUCGCCGUCGGCCAAGCCUGGGCCAUCCGCGUCGAAGGCCGGCUGCCGCGCUACCUCGCCGUCUACGGCAUCUUCGUCGCCUGCAUCCUCGCCAUGGUCGCCGUGCCCAAAAUGAACGUGCGCAUCCACCACUACAUCCUCGCGCUGCUCCUCGUGCCCGGCACCGCCAUGCAGAACCGCCCCAGCCUGCUCUUCCAGGGCAUCCUCAUCGGCCUGUUCAUCAACGGCAUCGCGCGCUGGGGCUUCGACAGCAUCCUGCAGACGCCCGACGAGCUGCGCGGCGACGCGCCGCUCGGCUCGCUGCUGCCGCUCAUCUUGCCGCCGAUCGUGUAUAACAACCCGGUUUCGUCGGGCUUGUUGCCGAAUAUUACGUUUGAGUGGACGCUUCCGCUUCCUGGGUUGUACGAUGGGCUUAGUGUGCUGGUUAAUGAUGUUGAACGAUUUCGGGGGUAUGAGGAUAGGGGGAAGAAUUCGUUUACGUGGGUUAGGCAUGAUAGGGAGCUGCCGGAGUAUUUUAGGUUUGGGUUCCUGAGUGGGAGUCGCACGGCGGAUUAUACGAAGGCGGGGAAGUGGGCGGCGAGUGGAGGGUGGACGGAGAUGCCGCCUGGGCCGGGGUUUGCGUAGGGUGAGUGAGGUGUAUAGAAUUUGUUUGACUGAACUGCAUAGGGGUGUUGGACUAAGGACUAAAGCAUCGGGAAUUGGAAAGAUAGACGCUAUUUUGGGAGUUGUCGCAUAGCACCAUGUUUGAAAGACAAGUCGAUGAAUCCUCAGCUCAUGCAGUUUCCACAUUUUGUUUAGCGAUCUGAUUCCAACAUAGCUCUUACAAACUCUCGAAUACUCAACAAGUCAACUCACAGU